UCACUGUUCAAUCUUUUCCGUUUCCGUUGAUCAAUAAACAUUUUCUGAUGUAAAGUGAAACAAAUUACUUUAAAAAUUAAAAUAAAAGUUAUUAUACAUCUUCCAUCAUGGCCAUGCUAGAACCAAUACAAUUUCACGUUGGUCAUGAGUACAAAGUUAUAAUUACACAUUUCACUAAUCCAAAAAAUAUAUAUUUUCGGUCUGAUGUGCAUGAAGACAUUAGAGCCAUUGAAACUCCAGGAAAAGAUGUAGUUCAUACUCCUGUUAACAAUCAAAAUAUAAUUUAUAAGUCUAAAAUACUUGAUAAACUGGUUCGAGGAAGAAUAUGUCACAUAAGUGACGAAGCAAAUCCUACAUGUGAUAUAUUUGCAAUUGAUUAUGGUUGCAUGGAUACUGGUGUGGAGAUCAAAAAUAUACAUCCUCUAAACUUGAAUGUCCCAGAUUCAAAUUGUCCUGGAUUGGCAGUUCAUUGUCAGUUACACAUAUGCGAACCUACAGAAGAUGAUUUUGGACCAGGUAUUCAAGAAAAAAUGAAAAUAUUCCUUGGUGAUGGGCCACCAAUGAUACAUGUAGUUAAUAAAACUCAAGAUACUCUAGUGGUUGAAAUAAUGCCUUUCUGUGGUGCUUAUGAUUUGUCUCAGAUGUUGGUAUUAUAUGGCUUAGCAGUGUUCUCAAAGCCAAAGAAAGUAAAGAACACUUUUUCAUCAACUAAGAGUAAAGUGACACUUGUAUUAAAUUACGAACCUAAAAAGUUACGUGUAGGAGAUAUCUUGUUGGGCAAAGUGAUUGGCGGAGACUCAAUAAACAACUUCUAUUUCUGUGAAAUCAAUGAUAAUGGUCAAUCAAAGGAGAUUAUAGAUUUGUCAGCAUAUUGUAAAGAUAAAUCAACAGAUAAUCUCAAUAUGAUUAUAGGAGAACCAUGUGCUGUAGAAAUUGAUGGAAACUGUUACGAACGUGCUAUAAUAAGGGCUGUUAACAGUAAGGAAUGUAGUGCAACAUUGUUCCUUGUAGACAAGGGUACAGAGAUAGAAAGCAAGUUCUCUUGUCUUAAGCCUGUGCUUGAUAAACAAUACUAUGAUGUACCAAUGCUUGCUAUUCACUGUUCAUCUACUGAGGAGGUAGUCAAUGGAGUGCCCUUCAAAGAAUUUUUAUCAGAUUCUAUAAAAUCACAAAUUAAAUUAAAAGUUGUAAUCCGAGAAUUGGGAGAUUUUCCUGUUAAACCUAAUAAAAUAAAGAUUCUUCGGGUAGAGAAGUAGGUCUGGUACCUUAGGUACUUGAGCUGCUCAUGAAAUAUGAUAAAGUUUUUUUACUUAUUACUUAUUUACUUUACUUUACUUAUUAAAAUGUUACUGUACUCUUGUUAUGGUUUGAAAUAAAUAAAUAAAUUUAAAAAAAGUUUAUUUAAUUCUUAUGUAUCCUGCAUACUUUGCAUAAAAUGUGUAUA